CUUUUUCUAACAAACUUGUGGAGUGAUAAGACAUAAGGUUUAUGAAUUACUAGAGUCUUUUACCAAUACGCCCCAAAACGUCUAUGAGAGAGAUGGCUUUAAAAUGGCAGAUAGGAAGCACAGCUCCGUUGUUGAUGAUGACGUAUCGGAACAUAGCACCGCUACAUAUAUUCAAGACAGAUACUCCUUUUCUUAUCGUUCCGUCACCUUCAUGCCAUUGUAGGAAGCAAUUUUUUUUAUUGUUAAUUUUGUUUUAUCUAUUUUCCAGUGCACCACAACCGACAUGACUUAUAACGACUACAAUGCUCGUAACGGCUAGCUCGUAACGCUUUAUGUGCCUAGUGAUAAAACCAUAACAUGUAGUACACAACAGUUAACGCAUGUACUGGAAAUGAUGGAAUAUAGUAUGUCUCCCUGCGUUCGAAAAUAAAGUCGCAAACAGUGGUCAUCACUCUUCCUAAAUCGGCAAUCGUCUGAUAAGGAAAUCCCAAAAUAACCCGAAAUAGAUCGAUAUCUGAUUGAUUAUAUGAUAUCCGAGAAACUGUUAUCCUUCCUGACGAGUUGUGUGUUUAAUAUAAAAACUUAUCCACACGGCUUUGGUGGGCAGUUUGGUGCUGUACUGCCAUAGAAUCGAGAUUGUAUUAUUCUUCCAACUCGAGAAGUGCUUCAUACUGAUUGUGAGUAGUAGAUCGUUCAAGAUCCAAUAAACAAGAUGAUCGUGUUGCUGUUGUUUGCCAUUGUUGGCUUGGUGUACGGUACGGAAAUGGAACCUUGGAACAUGCCCGAGAAUUGUGCGAUCGAACCGAGAUGCCCCUUGAUCGAUAAUUCGUUGAAUCCAGUGUUUCUUCAUGCGACUUCCUGUAACAAGUUUCUCCAGUGCGCCUAUGGAAAGGCCUGUGAACUGUCGUGUCCGAUCGGGUUACACUGGAGCGCUCAGUUAAAUCGUUGCGAGUGGCCAAAUGUGGCAUGCUGUGAUCCCUCGGUACAGUGUGUUCCCCAAUCCCCGACUGUUCCCAAUACCCCGGUACCGAUCACAACUACCACACCAUCAUCGACGACAGUGGGAAUACCCGGUAACAACCAACCCAACCAGUGUACUGUUGAUGCUCGAUGCCCGUUUGACGACAAUACUAACCAGCCCACGCUGCUAGCGCACGAAACUGACUGCAACCUGUUUUACAAAUGCUCGUACGGCAGACGCUGUCUAUUGGCAUGCAAACCAGGGGAACACUUUAGCGUACAUCUGCAGCGUUGCGAUUGGACACAGUUUGCUUGCUGCGAUCCCAAUGUACCGUGCCAGCAGCUAUCGACCACACCGGUCUUACCGACGAAUGUGCCUUCCACAGACUGUCGUCCGGAUUCUCGCUGUUCGCUCGGGGAUGAUCCGUUAAAGCCGCUGCUGCUGUCCGUACCAAAUAAUUGUGGAGCGUUCUACAAGUGUCGCAACGGAGACGCCUGCCUACUGUCCUGUCCCCCUGGACAGCACUUUAGCCAGACAUUGCAAGUAUGCGAAUGGCCUCAAGUUGCGUGCUGUGAUCCAUCGGUAACGUGUGGUUCCUGGAAUUGAUUAGCAUUUUUGAAUAAUUCUAAUCCGGAUGUCCGUAGACUACCACGACCUAAUACCAGCACCUCACUGAAUGGGCUAAUAAAUGAAUACGAUUAUUGGAAUAGUACUG